GUGUGGCCCCGUUAAUUAAUCCCUAGUACACGUGGACUGACUGAUCCUGGCGCUAACAAAUCGCCCUCAACGCAGUUAUAUAACCUACUAGGCUUCCAUUCCAUCACUCCACACAUCCACUCACUAUCCCCCUCAGUCACGUCACGGCUCACAAGUCGCCGUCGAUACGGCUCGGAGCUGCAGCAGCAUGAUGAGGCCGACGACGUCGUCAUCGUGGAUGCCGUCGGUGCCGUCGGCCGCGCUCUUUGCGGCGACGCUGGUGCUGCUCGCUGGCGCCGGCUGCGACGGCGCGCUGCUGAAGGCGCACUUCUACCGCCACAGCUGCCCGGCGGCGGAGGCCGUGGUGCGCGACAUCGUGGCGGCCCGCGUCGCCGCCGACCCCGCCGCGCUCCCCGCCAAGCUCCUCCGCCUCUUCUUCCACGACUGCUUCGUCAGGGGCUGCGACGCGUCGGUGCUGCUCGACUCGGCGGCGGUCGGCGGCGCGGCGGAGAAGGACGCGGCGCCGAACGCGUCGCUGGGCGGGUACGACGUGAUCGACACGGCGAAGGCGGUGCUGGAGGCGGUGUGCCCCGGCACGGUGUCGUGCGCGGACAUCGUGGCGCUGGCUGCCCGGGACGCCGUGUCGCUGCAGUUCGGGCGGGACCUGUGGGACGUGCAGCUGGGGCGGCGGGACGGCGUGGCGUCGCGCGCGUCGGAGGCGCUGGCGGGCCUCCCCUCGCCGUCGGACAACUUCACCGCCCUCGAGGCCAACUUCGGCGCCAAGGGACUCGACGUCAAGGACCUCGUCAUCCUCUCAGGCGCGCACACGAUCGGCGUCGCCCACUGCAACACCUUCGCGGCGCGGCUCUCCUCCGGCUCCGGCCCCAACUCCGGCGGCGCCGACCCGACGCUGAACGCGGCGUACGCGGCGCAGCUGCGGGCGCGGUGCGGGCCGGCGCCCGCGGCCGCGUCCAACAACGCCACCGCGGUGGCCAUGGACCCCGGCAGCCCCGCCCGGUUCGACGCGCACUACUUCGUCAACCUCAAGCUGGGGCGGGGCCUGUUCACCUCCGACGCCGCGCUGCUCACCGACCGCCGCGCCGCCGGGAUGAUCCACCGCCUCACGAAGCAGGGGUACUUCCUCCAGGAAUUCAGGAACGCCGUCCGCAAGAUGGGCCGCGUCGGCGUGCUCACGGGCGAGCAAGGGGAGAUCCGCCGGAACUGCAGGGCCGUCAAUACCUGAUCCCACACGUACUACGUACCUUGCUGGAAGCAGGUGAUGCGUUCAGCGUUCGCGUAGUUUUUGGCUCGUCGGUUGCAGGGGAACGGUAGCCAUUAAUACAUGUAAUUUUGGGUGAUUUGUUUUUUUCCCCUUUUUUUUGUUGCAUCUCACUCGUACAUAUGUGGUGUCCAUCAUGUGGAAGCACAUUUGGCGCCUUGGUGGAGUUGAUAUGGAUAUAUUGGCAAUAAAACCUGUAUUAGCCCAAAUCA